AUGAAUUUAAACCCUAGAAUAUAGAUUGAAGGAAACUAAUUUCAUUUGAUAUAUGAAAAAACAAAUGAUGAAUUGCUAGAUCUAAUGGAAAAAGGAAUAUCAUAAAAUAGACUAGUAUUACGUAAAAAUGGAUAUUGUGUUACAGAUAAAAAAACUAAAAUGAAAUAUAUUGUUAAUUAUUCAAGAAAACAUUUAAAAUUAAGGUAUAUAUUAUAUAACAAUAUGCUCAGUUUUCAAAAGUCAGAUUUAUAAGAAUAUGAUUUGGAAGUAUUGAUUGAAAGUUUAUCUAAGAAGAUUAAUCAAUAAUAAAGUUUUAUGAAAAUAAUGUUUUCUAAAAUAAGUUAGCUAAAUGAAAAUUGUAUUAGAGAAAUAGAAUAUGCUCCUACUGAUAUAGUAAUUGAAAUAAUUUUUGGAAGGAUGAUGAUAGCAAAAUUUUACAUUUCUUAUAUCAUUGGAAACUCAUUGAUGUCUGUAGAUGAACGUUUUGCUAGAUUUAUGCUUAUAAAUUUAGAAUUAUUAGAGGGCAAUGUAAUGAAUCUAGAAAUCUUUAAAUAACCUCCAAUAAAUUUACAUUUUCUCACUUAAUUUACAGCAAUAGAUAAAUUCACUGAUUUAAUCUAAAGAACUUUUAUUCCUAUAUAAUUAUUAAACUAUAAAAUAUUUGAUAAUAAUAUGUUGAAUUCACUUUAUUAAUAUUAUUUUAUGGUAUAUCCAAAUUAGCAAUUUGCUACUUUUGUUUUUGGAAUAAGAAGUGAUAAAUUUUUAAGUUCUUUGGGUAUUAUACCUUUAUUGAUUUAAAUGAAAACAUAUUUUCUAAAUGAUAAAUUAGUUAUUGAAAUAGAAUAGGCUGAUGCCUUUGCUAUAUUAAAUGGAUAUCAUUAAGUGACUGAUUUUGCAUUUUUCAAAUAAGAAAUUCAUGAUGUUAUUACAAAAUGGACUUUUUCAACAUGUUAAGAAAUUGAUGAAUUCUUUAUGAAAUUUCUAAUUAUAGGCACUGGUUAUAUUUUAUUAUAUCCAAAAAAGGAGAUGUUAUUUUAUUUGAUGAAAAAAACAAAUUGGGAUUAUUUUUUGAAACAAAUAUUUAAUCCAUUAAUAAAUAAAAUUGCUCUUUUACAUUUAUAAUUAUCUUAAAAACAAAGAAGUGAUUCAUCAAACUUUGAUUAUAGGAAAUUUUUUAAUUUACAUAUUGAUAGGUAUUUUCACAUUUAUGAGUAUAUUUGUAUUAAAGAACCUAGAGAUGAAAGAGAAAAUCCAAUAAAAUCUAUUCUUAAAUAUUAUUUGGACAGAGCAGAAAAAAACUUUUUGAAUAUUGUAAAGAAUAAUUUCAAAGAGAAUGAAUUUAAUACUCAUCUUUAGAAAUUAAGUAUGUUAUAAUUUUAAGUGGAUAAAAUAUCAUUUAUUUUUUAAAACAUUGAAUAUAAUGCAUUAAAUGGAUAAAUCAUAAGAAUUGAUCAAGGACAUGAAACAAAUAGAUGGAAAUUUAAUGAGUUUCCAAAAUAUGAAUUAGAGUAUAUUCUAAGUUAAUUUUGA